CCCUUCGUCCCCGGAAGUGGUGAGGAGCGACGUUGCCAUGGCGGCGACCCUCGGGCAGGUACUAGCCCUGGUACUGGUGGCCGCUCUGUGGGGUGGCACACAGCCGCUGCUGAAGCGGGCCUCCUCCCGCCUGCAGCAGGUUCAUGAGCAGACCUGGGCCCGGCAGUUGCUGCAGGAGAUGAAGACCCUCUUCUUGAAUCCUGAGUACCUGAUGCCCUUUUCCCUGAACCAGUGUGGCUCCUUGCUCUACUACCUCACCUUAGCAUCAACAGAUCUGACCCUAGCUGUGCCCAUCAGUAACUCUCUGGCCAUCAUCUUUACAAUGAUUGUUGGGAAGGUCCUUGGAGAAGAUAUUGGUGGAAAACGUAAGUCAGGAGCGUUUGCAGGCAUGGUGCUCACCGUGGCAGGAAUUACACUCUGCAUCACAAGCUCAGUGACCAAGACCCAGGGGCAACCAUCUACACUCUGAAUGGACCAAGGCCACCCUCCAGCUCUGCUGUCUCCAGGAAGCCCCUGGGCCAUGAGGUCAAGGCAGUGAGCAUGCGGACAUAGCCCUCCCAGCCUCAGCUUCCUCAUCUCUUGGGCUAAUAGCUACCUCAUGGAUCGUAAUCAG